AUAUGGACGAUACUCUCUACUCAUUGAGCUCAGGCCUCAAUCUAGCAUGUCGAAAGAACAUAGAAGAGUAUAUGUUGGAACACUUGCAUAUUGAAGAAAGUGAAGUACCAAAGAUGUGUCUGGAUUUGUACAGGGAAUGUGGGACAACUAUGGCAGGACUAAAGGCCCUUGGUUAUGAGUUUGACAAUGAUGAAUUUCAUGCUUACGUGCAUGGAAGAUUACCAUACGAGAAACUGAAGUCUGAUCCAGUGUUAAGGAACCUUCUGCUUUCCAUGCCUCAGCGUAAAAUAAUAUUCACCAAUGCAGAUCAAGCACAUGCGGAUGAAGUUCUCAACAGAUUGGGCUUGAAAGAUUGCUUUGAGGGCAUCAUAUGCUUUGAAACGCUUAAUCCUCCUAAUUGCACGGAUGUACCUACUGAUAAACAUGUUCUCACGUGGAGUAAUUCGUUUAACAAUACCUGUGAUCAAAUAAAAAGUGGAUGUUUCAACUCCAAGACACAUAUUCUCUGCAAACCCUCUGUGGAAGCCAUUGAAACUGCUAUUCAGAUUGCUAAUGUGAAUCCAAGGAAAACGCUGUUUUUAGAUGACAGUGUUAGAAAUAUUGCAAGUGGAAAAGCUGCCGGACUUAACACAGUUAUCGUGGGACGCUCAGAUUUGGUGCCUGGUGCUGACCAUGCAUUGAACAGCAUCCAUAAUAUCAAAGAAGCAUUACCUGAAAUAUGGGAGGUUGAGGGAGACCAAAAGCAAAUGAUCCAAUCCCCAGCAGUUGAGUAUAUGGUCGUUGCAUAGGUUUAGCUUCGAUCAAAAAAAAUAUUCAACUUACCAAGCAAUCACAAGU